GGCUUCACGUACGUCAUUCAGAGGUAUUGUUUAUAUAAGCACAUAAUCUUUCCCAACGGGGUAAUCAAGCCAACAGUUCUCUUUGCACGCAAACAUGGAGUCCACGGCAGAGUACUUUCCCAGCUCCAACGUGUAUACGUGGUUUGCUUUAGUCCUUGGAAUACUAGUCUUUAUUUACUGGCAAGGUCUGCAGCGUUACAACUCGGUCCUCGGAGACUGUCCGCUCUCCGGCCCAAAACCUUGGCCAUGGGUCGGUAGCCUUCCCGAUGUGUUCAAAUAUGGCGGCAUGCACAAGAUGUUCCUGAAUUACUUUUACAAGUAUGGCCGAGUCCAUAAGAUGUGUUUUGGUCGAUCUCCAGUGAUUGUCGUCUCGGACCCCGAAAUAGUCAAGCAGAUCAUGGUCAAGGAAUUUUGGAAGUUCCCAAAUCGACCGCCUUUUAUUAAACCCAACCCUCCUCUCAGUUCGGGACUCUUUAUAUCGCGGGACGAGACAUGGAAACGCAUUCGAAAUACUCUCACUCCAACAUUCACUGCAACAAAGCUAAAGCAGAUUGUGCCGAUAAUCGAUGAAGCGUCACAAAAGCUGUCUGGGAAAAUGAAAACGUUCUCCGAAACGGGUGAAUCAGUGGAUGUCGUUCGCCUCUUCAGCCUUUUUGCGUUAGAAGUCAUCAUGAAGGCUGCGUUUGGGUUUGACACAGACCUUCAAAUGAAUCCAGAUGAAGCAUUCGUAGAGAAAGCCAGGAACGCUUUCCAAACUCCUCUCUAUGUCCGUACGUUUUCGUUGCUGCCGUUUUGGACAUAUCUAAGUCGAUAUGUCAACCUCUUGCCCGGUACAGACUUCUUCACUGCCUUGGCAAGGAACAUGCUUCAGCAAAAAGCUCAACAGGGUUCUUCCAACAAAAGAGAUUUGCUGCAGUUGAUGUUGGAGGCCCACGAGGUCACUGUCAACGGAGUCAGCAAGUUAAACGAUGAUGAAAUCAUGGCCCAAUCCAUAACCUUCUUGUUAGCCGGGUUUGAGACCACAGGCACCACUUUGUCUAGCACGGCGUAUUUCCUGGCUACUCAUCCAGACGUUCAAGAUAAGCUCAUCGAGGAGAUCGACAAAGCAGAUGCUGCUCGCGGUGACACCCCGCUGUACGACUACGUGCAAAGCAUCGGGUACCUGGAUCAAGUCGUGUGCGAGGUCCUACGUCUCUGUGCUCCAGCCUUUCUCCUUCUCCGCGGCUGCGAAGAGGAGGCUGUCUUCAAAGGCGUCCGCUUUCCCAGGGGAGUUGAAGUCAACGUCCCUACGUAUGUCCUUCACCGAGACCCUGAAGUGUGGGACAGCCCCCUUGAGUUCAACCCGGAGAAUUUCUCCCCUGAAGCAAAGGAGAAGCGAAAUCCGUAUUCCUUUCUCCCGUUUGGAACAGGCCCUCGGCAGUGCAUCGGUAUGCGCUUCGCUCUGUUGGAGAUUAAGCUAGGCCUGCUGAAAAUCAUGCAGCAAUUCAAGUUUGAACGCGCUCCAGAAACCGUAGCUACACUGGAACAUCGAGCCGUUAUACUGAUGAGGCCAAAAGACAAAAUAUAUGUGAAGGUCAGGCCACGUUGAAGCGUCCAAGGAACGUUAUGUUUUCUCUUAUUCUUUGUCAA